GUCUCUUUGUUUUUAUUAUUUUUUUAAUCUAAAUUUUUUUUAUGAUUACUUAUAUCCUAGUAUCACGUGUACAUACACUAGUAUCAAAUAACUAAGAAGCAAAAAAGAAAUAUUGUGUUUUUUUCUCAAAAAAAAUAAAAAAAAAAGAAAUAUUAAGUAAUUUUUUUUAUUAAAAAAAAUAAAAAUAAAAAAGACUACUUCACGUGUACUACUAACUUGAGGAAACGUGUACUAUACUACUAACUUAGAGUUUUAGACUAACACAUCCUCAUUAAAAAAAAUAAAAAAUUAAACUAAGGGGCUAAAAGGGGUUUCUACUUGGUAGUAGCAGUUCAUAGUUUCAUCUUCUUCCUCCAAUAAUCCAAACCCUUGAAAUUCCAUGGCUUCCUUCCCAAGUUUUUCACUACCUUAUUAGAGGCGGUCGUUUUCAAGAUUGUGUUCACCAUCAUCUACUUUGUAAGGCCGUCACUAUCGUGAAGUUUACAAAGCCACCACCAUCUGAAGAGUACUCGAGCCACGACUAUCAACCACUCCGUUUGUUCAGGCGAUUGUACGAGCCAUAAUACAAGGAAUUGCACUACUUUGAUCGAUUUCCCGCCACAACCAGAAACCCCUUAUUCUUUUUAAGAUUCAAGUUGUGAGGAGAGAGGUCGUACUGUACUUAAGAAGGUGGGGAAGACUAUCCAUGCUGGCACCCAAAUCCCAUUGCAAUGUUAUCCAAGUAAAAGAAUUCCCACAGGUGAACACAAGAUUCAUUUUUCCACCUACAUCGGUGUAAUGGCACGUGAAAGAAUAAGCAUUUCCUACAAAGAUUGGCAUGAAGUUCCAACAGGAGUGUUAGAUGAAGUUUAUGGAUUUAUAUCGAAGGGGUUUUAUGUUCCUGAGAAUCACAAAGGUUAUGUACUAUCACGAGCAUCGAUUCGAUGGAAAGCUUUCAAGACUAGAUUAAGAACCAAGUGGUUGUAUAAAAAAGAUAAAACACUUCGUCAAAAGCCACCACACAAGUAUCCUUUUAUACAUGAAUCGGAUUGGGAUACCUUUGUUCAAAUCUGCACUUCUGAUGAAUUCAAGGAAUUGAGUGAAAAGAAUCGUGAAAAAGCAAAGAAGAAAUCCUCAAGUUAUCGUUGUGGUAGACUUGGGUACCAAUAUUUUGAAGAGGAGAUUGAAAAAGAACUUGAAAAGCAAGGAGUCCAUGUGUCACAAGUGCCACGACAUCUAAAAUGGAUUAAAGCUCAUUCUCAUGUCAAAGAUGGAGUUAUAACAUUUGAUAAUCUUGCUGAUAAAGAAAUCCAUGAUGCAAUAGUAAGAGAGUAUCUUUAA